AUGGCUAAUUAUCAAACGUUAGUCAGAUUGCUUGUUGUGGUUAUCAUUUACCCUCUAAUGGCUGAAUGUAGAACUCCUGCAGACGACCAUUCUGAGGGUCGACGCCAUUCGUCGUUGCGGGGAAAUAUAUCGUGUCUGCGCCCUUGUCUUUGGGAUACCCGACAUCAGCAGAAGCGAAAGGUAUGUGUGCAGUAAUUAUGAAAUUUUGAGAGCGAAUUUGAGCUGAGCAACAUAAGAAAGGCCAUUGCUAUGCGGUACACAGAAUUGGUGAAGCAACACCCAAGCAUCCGCUUCUGCGGGGAUCGACGGACCGACAUCCUGUUCAUAUGGGUGAACAUUGUUUAGUAUUGUCGUGAAUAUAUUAAUAUGCGAAUAUCCCCCAUACGCUUAUUGACAGUUUUCAGUACCUUUUUCAUCUCACUUUGCCCAUGAAACCACUGCAUUGAGCAAACUUGUAGAUGUGUGACGCUGCUAUGGCAGCCAUUGGUUAAUGCGCACAUUUGAGAAUUGCCACAGACUUGUCGGGGAGUAUUCUGUCACUUCUGUUGUUAGGUACUGCCGAUUACUCCAUAGUUAACAAAUUUCAAUUAGAGUGUUUGAUAAUGUGUGAAAAUAAACGAAUUUGCUUUUAAUUUCCGUCAUUUUAUUUCACGAGUUCCAUGCCAGAUGUUUUUUUGACAUCAUGGGUCAUGCUUUCCGUUAGGGGAUUAGAUUUUUUCCUUCUAAUUUAUUCUGUUUACAGUUGAUGUCUUUUGAUACGCAUGUGUUGCUAUACAUAAAGAGUAGUAUUACUGUAUUUAGAAAUUUUGAGGCGCUUUGGUAAUGAUCGAAAAUUCUUUUAAAUUUAAGUUUUCUAAGAAAUAUUUUUAUUUUUAUUUUGGUAUGUGACCUUUCGGGAUUACGUGCUGGUUAAAUUGUUGGAUGAUCGUGCCGUCGCCAGCGUUCAACACGCAUUGAAGCCAAGUGGCAAAGACGGAUAUGAAGCCAGUAUUUCAAUUAAACACGUGUCGGGAUUGUCUUGCUGCAAGAUUGUGGCGUGGCGUUUUGAUUAUUGCAGGUCGCCGAGACAUAAUAUUGAGAUGUUCACGCAAGUAUAUCAGAAAAAUAGGACUCGUGAUAACGAAAAUUGCGAAAUAUUCUGUAAACUUUGAAAAGCAAGAAAAAAAAUGAAAAUGAAAUGUAACAUAUAUUUACAUGAUAGGUACAUCUAGAAUGUGGCAGUGUGCUAAGGCGUUGCUUCAGCUAUCCAAAUUUUCAUGAUCAGUGGCAGAUCUAGAGGACUAUAGGGUAGAGAUAUUUUGUUUCGUUUAGAAAGCAUCCCUUCCCCCCACCCCCUUCCUUUCCCGGAAGUGUCAUAAAAAAUUGAUAAGGUGUUACUGAAGGAAGCUGAAGCUCAUUAGCUAACCGCUCCUUGGUAUGGAGAAAAGGUUGAGACCUCAGACUGCCCUGCCAGUUCAGAGCGGCAAAUUGGGCGCGGGAAAUCUAGUUUAGUCCUUUCCGCACGCUUUCCCGUCGUCAAACGACGUCCAUGUUCUGUUGCUAAAUCAGCCUGGUGACUGGGCUCCUCCGCUUUUGGCUCCAUCGAUCAGCAGAUGUCCGAAUGGUGGACGGCCACGUUUUCCAGCCGCCCAACCAUGGAGGCUAAAGUUGCUGACUAUGGCUGAAAAUCUUUUAAAGCAGGAGCGUGCUCCUUUAAAUGCAAAAUUGGAAGAACUAGUGUUUUGAAGGAUUAGGAAGUGAAUUGUACCCGUGGAUUGUAACAGAAGGCGUGCGAUCUGUAACUUGGAAAUCUUCUCUAGUCUUUAGAGAGUUUCAGAGCGGAGUGUAGGGUGAACACGGCCAAUAUCAUUUUUCUAAAUUAAAAUCAUAGAAAAGUGAAAAUAAUAAUAAUGAUAAAAAAUAGCCUGCGUGCAGACGUCUCCUAUUUCCUUUUUGUUGCAUGCGGAAAAGAGACUAAUCUUCGUUUUUAUUCUGAGUUUUUGUGGGUGCUUUAUGAGUGUUUCACAGCGUUUGUUGAACGCUCCCAACACGCUACCAUGGUUUAUGUGUGAAAAGAAUGGAUUAUGUAUAGCUGAGGUUUAAACAAUCUUGUUAUUUUAUUGUCUGAUCAGAUGAAGAGUGCCUUUGUUUUCUAAACAGACAAAUUCCUUGUAUGAAUGUAUCAAGCAAUGUGAGGAAGGCAAGGCUCCUAGAGGUACGGAAGACCUUUUUUCCAUAAUCAGUUUAGCAUUUUGCCUCAUAAAUGCUGAUAGCUAAGACUUUUAUAACAUAAUGAUCCUUUAACAGCUGAAAUUAGUUGCAUCAUUGAGCACGUAACUGGGAGUUCCCUCCGCCUUCGAUUGAACUGAAAUUGUGGAUUGUAACAAGGGUCUAAAACAACCUCUCUCCAGGGGGGUAAUGUGGAGAUGUACCCGGUUAGUACGGGAAAUUGACCAUCUUAUAACCCUAUAUGUAAACGUAUACUAAAAGCCCAAUUGUCUAAUUUAUUUCUUAUUCAUUGUAGUUUCGCUAGAAGGAGAAAACCCGCGUGUGUCAGUGAGAUUAAGAAGGAAACGUCGUGCAGAAGCCGGGACCGUACAAAGUAAGUAAAGCCGGAAACGUUUUGGACUGCAAAACAGUCCCGUUUUUUUGCGUAUUCAAGUACACGCGAGCAGUCAAACAAGCGUGUGAGGCUCGCGCACUUCGUCAGUGUAUGUCGAAUAUAACAUACAUUUCAGAGAUGAAGGGCACGGAACAUGAUUCCAAAUUCUACAAUUUAAUAAGAAAUUAAUUAUUCUUACUUCUACCUUUAGUGUCAUUUUUUACGUGAUGCACAUAUGUACGUCUUUUUUUCAAAAUAGCAGCUUCAGCAUUACCUUGAUGCUUGUCCAGAUCAUGAGCCAGGAUAUGUCCUAGGGCUAGUCUCCUUGGGUUGUUACCUUUAGUGUCAUUUUUUACGUGAUGCACAUAUGUACGUCUUUUUUUCAAAAUAGCAGCUUCAGCAUUACCUUGAUGCUUGUCCAGAUCAUGAGCCAGGAUAUGUCCUAGGGCUAGUCUCCUUGGGUUGACACCAGGCUUCCCAGGAGCGUUGCGUGACUACACUAAAAUCGGCUGCGUAGGAGACUAGGCUUAGGUAGACUUGCACAGUUUCUAUUUUUGGAACCAGAUUUCGCUACUAUCGUUACCUCUUGGGCCAUCGAUAAGUCUAUACAUCAUAAUUGUCGGCAAGUAAAAUUACUCAAGGCGGGUAAAUUGUUAAUGUACAGCAUGAGCGUAAAAAGUAUACUUUUUUUUAGCCAUAUAGGAUCCGGCCGGUACUUGACCAAAAUACAGUGCGGGACUAGGGAAAACGCAAAAUUUCUUGACGUGAUACGCAAUUUAACCGUUACUCGGAGAGCGGGAUUCACUUAAGGUGGCUGAACACAGUUUUGCGGGCGGCCAGCGGUAACUCUCGUGACGGCGCGUGUUUUAAAUUAGGCAAACAAACAUUGCGGCGUAGAAAGCAAUGUACACAGAAGACGAUUUCUCAAAAUCUACUCAUUAAAAUUUUGUAAUAUUUGGCACAAUUUUUACUUUUAUCGUAUUUUAAAUAAUGAGAACUUUAAAAUGGAAGUUGAACAGUCGAUUUUUUUUUGCGCAUUUAAUAAUUACAGUACGAUUAUAUUACUGAUUAUCUAAAAACCCGUCAUUUAAAAUUUGGUCAAACAAGUUUCAAAUGGUUAUGAUUAACUAUUAUAGUAGGCUGUGUGCAAGUUUAUAGGAAAUCUAAUGGGAGAAUUUUAUGUAAACUGAGCAAAAUUGAAAUUUUAAGGCUGUAUUCAAUCGUUCAUGUUGCCAUGGAAACUAAGAAAACGUCACAUUUUACCUGUCAAUCAAAAUCUUUCAUCAGUAUAUUUUUCAUUUGCCAAGUUUCAGUUUGUGAGCUGCAACCUUUGUAUAGCCAUGAUGUGGCAAAUAACGUGUACUCACAAACUACCAAAACUGUGUUCAGCCACCUUAAAUCUUGGCACGGGAAAGAAGAGGGUAUUCGGGGUAGAGAUGACAGAAGUUCGGGAUGCGGAAUUGUCGUGCAAAAGCAGGCGGACUGCGGGAUCAGGGUCCCCUAUCCCGGCAGACCCUGAUAGAUUAGUAAGGAGACUUAGUAAGGAUACCAUCAUAUGCACACAAGGCGAAUACGUAGAACAUAGCAGUCUGAUUAACUCAGUAAAUCAAUGCAUCCCGACGAAGUAAUAUGUUCGGAGUGUUAUGCUUCCCUUUAUUUUCAUAGGUUUUUUGUUUAGUUUUUUUCAGUCAUUAAUAAAGGCUUUCUUAGUCCAAAUCCUGCGUGUUGGUGGUAAGGUUUAGUGGGAAUUUAUCGUCAUCACGGGGGCGGGGGCGGGGGCGGGGGCGCGGUCGAGGUGGAAGAGACGAGGUCUGGGACGUAGAAACCAUGUUUUCACAACUUGCAAAGCAGCGGUCACUCUGCGUGGUGGUCAGCGGAUAAUUGCAGUAUUUUUCCCACAGUAAAUAUUCAGGCUAAUAUUUUUAUAUAGAAGCGAGAAACCAACCGGCAGAGGAAAUGAUAAAAAAAAUAUCAUGCAUCUCUGUUUUUCUUGCAUAUCGUAUUUGUCUUUUGGUACUGAAAUUGCAGGGGAAACUAAAACGCAACCGUGUUAAAUCUUAACCAACAACUACGCGCUCGAUCGAUUUAUAGAUCUUUAUAGGUUACAUCGUUUUUGCCGGGCGAGGACAUCAGAAGAUAAAAGAAGUUAUGAUGCUGAUAAAAAUUACUGGAGAGAGUGUCAAAUUUUUCGGAAGUGAGUAUAUUCAAGAGAGCCUUAUAAAUAUGAGCUCACAGCCGUACAUAUCAUACAUACCUAAACAAACAUAACUCUUCACAACGUUUCACUUCGUUUAUUACGAUUAGUCAACUCCUUGAAUUCAACGUUAAAAUUCAAUGCGAUCGUUAUAAACAAAUCACAACUACUACUGAAAGCUCUGUUCCUUGAAGAGACCUUAACUUUCCUAUAAGGUUUGCAGCCAAACACUGCUCGAUAGCUCAACUCUUCGGCUGUUCUUAUCAGGUAUACGCAGCUAUAAGUUGCAAAUCAGAUUCCAAACUCUGCAGAGGGAAAUUGUUUAACAGAAAAAGAAAACCACACACUAUGUCUGAAAAGCGACAUAAAAUCAAUAAAUUUGCGAAUUACCAAAAUGUAACAGUGAGAAACAGUCCGGCCUUGGACCGUCAUGUUUUUGUUCCUUCUCAAAACCGUUGAUCUAUGAUUUUUGACGUAAUGCGCAUGAUCAGUACACAAGUCCGCUGGCAAGACCCUUGCUGACUGCUUUGUAAGUUGUGAGAACAUCGUUUGGAUUUCAUGUAAGAGAAUGUGUCGGAAGUAGCUCCCCCCCUCCCCUGAUCGUCAUUCAUUGAUAUAUAGAGGAUAUUACACGUUGGCUCGAAGAUAUGAAUUUUAUGUUCGAGUGGCAAGAACAAUAUCUCACGAGCGAGCGAAGCGAACGAGUGAGAUAUUGUUCUUGCCACGAGAACAUAAAAUUCAUAUCUUCGAGCCAACGUGUAAUGUUCUUUUUAUUAUAUGGAGAAACCAAUUCAACAAAAGCAAAAGGCGGGAAUCGUGACGUCAUGGAACGAUACGACACUCACAAAGGUGACAUACGGAAAAUACGCCACUCGGGUCCCGGAUGAAGUGGCGUAUGGAAUCUACGAGUGGUUUAGUUCCCAGUAAAACACUCUCCUCCAUAUAAUAAAAACGGAUAAAGCAAGGGUAUCAAAAGAAAAACAAUGACGAAAAAUGCAGUUAAAGAUUUCAUUUUAUUUUGGAUUCCAGCAUGCCACGGUGUUUCUACUUACACUAAAAAUGUUGGUUGGCCUGUUCCUACUAAAAUUCUGCAUGUUGACUUCCAAGCCAAUUAUCGUUACAAUGUAUCGUGGAUGCCCUUCGAGGAGAAUACCAUCAAAGGUAAUGAACUGCGCAUGCUUAGUAAUGGCCGUUGAUACUUGGGUGUAAUUGGUGACAACCAGAUGUUAUCUAACCCCAGUUAGUAACUUAACCAGGGCUCAGUUGUUCGAUCAGCCGAUUAGCGCCAACCUGGGGUUAAAUUUGAUCCCGGUUUCUCUUUCUUUUGUUCGAAAGCAUUUUUCCGUUAAUUUUCUCUGUUCUAUUUAGAUACUCCUCUCACCAAAUUGUAGACAAAGAGAACUAAAUUAAACUGAAUUCAAAUUUCAACCUUGGGUUAACUUAACCCAGCUUUGGACAACCCGGCCCAGAAGUUAAGUUCCGUCUGUAGCGCAGGUUACCGAGAAUUAUGUCCUUUACUAUCGUCGUAAGUUUCAGAUUUUCAAUCGGGCUUGCGCCAGUUCUUAGGCAAAAAUAAGAUUGAAGCCAGCAGUGGCGGACGGAGGUGUGGGGAACACAUAUGCAGUAACCGUGAUUGAGAAAGGCUAGCUACCAGCUAGCUAGGGAGGCUCUUUUUAUUGGUAAGGGAAAACAAUGGCUCCUCUAGGAAUAAAUAGACGUGACGAAGUUCCUUGAUAUACGAUACAGCUUAGUCACCCACACUAAUCACAAUCUACUUUAAUUUUAUAUAUUUUUCAAACCCUAUUUGUAACGAACUUUCAGUUACGAACUUUCAGUUUUAUCUUCAUUUUUCUUUUACGCCUUGAAGAAGGUCUGUGUUUCGAACCGAAAUAUCGGGCAAAGUUGUUUAAAUAUAUUUUUUUGUUUUUUUCUUUUGUUCACUUAUUCAUCGCCUCGCUGUAAUGACCAGUUUGCCGUUUUAUAUUUUAUAAAGGCAAUCGGCUUGCAAGGAACUGUGGUAAAAAUACGGUCCAAAAAUUCAGAAGCAUCGUGGAUAGAAACCAAGAAUUUUUGUCCCUGUACGGAAUAGGUCUGCUGCCUUGCUCGCUCGCUUCAGGCUCGCUUGCGCGGCAGCAAUAAUAUCAUUUACAAAUAUUUAACUGAUGGAAAUCUUAAUUCUUUAGAACACAAUUGGACACAUUAUUCACUAUUUUACAAAUUCCGGAGAGACGAUGUUGAUGAGGGCCACGAUGUGGAUUGUGUACUUAUACCAAAGGUUAGUAAGCAAAGGUUUUUCUCUGAUUCGAAACGUGCACUCAGGUUACUAAUAAUUAUUGCACCUCUCCGUUGUUGUGAACACGUUAUGAUUUUCAAUAAAAGAAAAAGUAGGGCGCUGUGGUGGAACAGGAGGUCAUUUUUACGAGAAAAUAACCUACUGUUCUAUGAUGUAAACUGAGAUAUUACUUUUCAAGCAAAUUAAAGCAAAUAAACCGUCUACGUGGAGGAGUUGUGUGGUGGAGUCGUGUGGGGCAUUUACUAAUCUUUGGGCAUCUCGUCGCUAUUUAGGCGUUGAAAUGUGGAUUUAAGUUUGUCAGGAUGAUUUUUAGCAAGAAUGUCCAGCGGUGUCGUUAUUACUUAGUUUCAAAUCGUUAAACUCUUAUUACGUCAUUCUAAUGUGUUAAGAAUCGUACAUUGUGGCGCGCGCAAAUAGGUUCAAUUUGUUUUCGUACGACUGUAAACUGUUUGUAACCAAUUUUACAGUUUUAGAUGGAAACGAUGUUACAACCCUUUCUACUUUCUUAUGUCAAUGAUGUUUUUCUUAUGCUAACGUGUUUUUUUUUUCAAGCAUAAUUUCCCUAAGAAAACUGACAAAGGAAGUUUUGUAUCAAAACAAGGUAAACGUCAGCCUCACAUUCACUCGAAGGCUAGGGUACUAAGGCCACAACUGUGAAAUAGGCUAACCACUAGUUAUAGAAAUUAAUAUGUUUGUUUGCUUUAUCGUUUUCAGAACAGAACGCACUGGUUGUUAGAAUAUAAGCCGCCACGGUAUUCAUCCACACAACCGACGAAUCUCCUCUCUACAGUAUGUUUGAAUUUUUUCGAAGCUUAGGUUGCUUGCUUAUGUCUAUGGUAUUUUUGUAGAUCGGCUACAGUAUACCCUUUAUGUCAAAUUCCGAGGGAAACAGUUAUUUUUGUUUUCUCGAGAGUCCUGAUGUUUCCCACGACUUGGUCUUGGGAAACAACAGGACUCGAGGGAAAACAAAACUAACUGGUUUCCCGAGGGACCUGACAUUAAGUGUUUUGUUAUAUUUCUAGACUUUCACUUCAACGUACUUUAACAGCAACAAAAGAAUACGCUUUAGCGGAGCGAAUCAAAACAGUCGAGUCGGUACUUAUAAGAACACAAAUUUAA